AUGGCUCUCCCAUCAGCAGCAACCACCCUGCGACAGUCGCUGCAGGAUCCCAAGGCCUUCAUCACAGCCCCAGGAGUAUAUGAUGGCAUGUCCGCGAGGUUGGCACUAGCCGCAGGGUUCGAGGCCCUAUAUAUGACCGGCGCAGGAACCGCGGCCUCCGUACAUGGACAAGCUGACCUUGCCAUCUGCACGUUGAAUGACAUGCGGGCGAAUGCCGAAAUGCUGGCCAACCUGUCACCGCGCACACCGCUGAUUGCAGAUGCCGACACCGGCUACGGCGGGCCGAUCAUGGUGGCCCGCACGACGGAGCAAUACGCGCGCUCAGGCGUGGCAGCCUUCCACAUCGAGGAUCAGGUGCAAACGAAGCGGUGCGGGCAUCUAUCAGGGAAACAGCUCGUCGACACAGCAACAUACGUCAGUCGCAUCCGGGCGGCUGUGCAAGCGCGACAGCGCAUCGGAAGUGACAUUGUGGUCAUCGCGCGGACGGAUGCGCUGCAGUCGCUAGGGUAUGCGGAGAGCGUUGCGCGAUUGCGGGCGGCUCGGGAAGCAGGUGCUGAUGUUGGGUUCUUGGAGGGAAUCUCAUCGCGGGAGAUGGCUAAGAAGGUGAUUGAUGAUUUCGCUGGGUGGCCGUUGGUUUUGAACAUGGUUGAGCAUGGGUCCACGCCGUCGAUUUCGUCCCAGGAGGCUCAAGAGCUUGGAUUCCGGAUCAUCAUCUUCCCAUUUGCGACCAUAGGGCCUGCACUCACUGCCAUGCGGGACGGAUUGGAGAAACUGAAGCGAGAUGGGCUGCCAGGGCUGGACAAGGAGUUGACGCCACAAAUGCUGUUCAGGGUCUGCGGACUAGACGAGAGUCUGAAAGUCGAUGCAGCAGCUGGUGGCGUUGCCUUUGAGGGUGGCGUGGACCUUGGCGAGAAAUGA